AUGUUCUGUUGUUCCAAGAACAUAUUAGACACGGUGGAGAAGAGGAAGGACUACCUAAUGUACGCGGGAAAAGAGACAAACGAUGAGAGAAAUGAAUUAAUAUCAAUAUAUGGCAAUGAAGUAUCCCUCGUUGACAUUUUAAGAAGAGGAAAUGAGCCGACGUCCAAGGAAAAGAGCGGCACAGUUAAGAGGAUACCGUCGGUAUGUAAAUCCAAUGUGCUCCAAUAUUAUGAAGCGAAAUUUUUGAAGGGAAAAAGUGCCAAGGGGGCAUCCCUUACAGAUAUAAAAAAAAACGAAGAAGCGAGAGAAAAAAAAACAGAUACACGCAAGUCACACUAUGAUAAAUAUAAUGAGGAUCUUAUUCAGGACAAGCACCAGGCGGAUGAGUUUACUCAUUUGAGUACAAAGCACAAAUUUAAAGCUUUGAAGGAAAUACAGAGGCAGCUGAAAAAUUGCGUAAAGGACCAGGAGUUUAGCUUCCACGAUGAUAUUUUGUUUUUGAACAUAUACAGAUUAACCCACAAGAAAAUAUAUUCCCUGCUUGACAGGAAAGAGAAAAAUGUGGACUAUUACAACUGCAACGAAGUCCUGGACAUGAUACUAAACGGGAAGCUACACAAACACAGCCUAAUUAAGCGAAAAUCGGAGGAGCAGUAUGUGUACCUAAAAGAAAAAAUCAGAGAAAUUCAUUUUUUAAAAAAUAUUGAGCUACAGUACUAUCUCAAAGUUAAGAAGAACAUACCCUCCAUGAAACCUAAAUUUGAAGAAAAUUACACAAAGGAAAACACUCUAUUUCUGGAAUUCAGCGAAGCAUUAUUAGCGGAAAAGGUAAAGUCAUUAAAACGGUUCUUUGUUUCUCCCUACUGCAAAAACGUUGUAGAAAUAGUUUUAAUACCUAAGAAGAAGAACUGGAACAGAUCUUAUGGGCAUCAUAAGAUUUUCGCCGAUCUUUUUGUGACAAAACAUAUUUCUGUAUACUUUUAUCACAUCAUUGAGAAAAAAAUGGAAAAGAAUAAUCUGGCACAGAAGACAGGUCCUAUACAGUUAAGAAUAAAAUUGAAGACAAACUACCCCCAAGCAGUAAAGACCAUUUUCAGAUACAUAUACGACAAAAAUUUGAACCUUGACGAAUUAGAUUUUAAACUCUUGGUGACUGUUUAUAUGGAGUGUCUUAAUUUGAAAAUUGCGAGCAUCAUGGAUGACGUGAUUGAGGUGAUUUCUCAGAAGGCCACCUUCGACAACAUCAUUGGGGUGCUGGGGCUGGCGUCCAGCUUUGGGCAGAUCGCGAGUCCCCUGUUUAACGACUUCGCGCGAAUCAUUUCGGACUCGGGGGGGUACCUCUUUGCGAGAAAUUACCAUUACCUGCUGGACAGUGAAACAUACAGCCACUUGCUCAGCAGCGACAACGUCGUCUUGAACGAAAUGAGGCUCUUCAUUGAAUCCGUAAAAUUCAUAAUCAAGAAGAACUGCGACAUGAGAGAACAAAAUUUAAUUUUCCAAAACAUCCGAUUCAACCUCCUAUCCACGGAACACCUCUACGAAAUUCACCACUAUAUAAAAAAUUGCUUCGAAGACAUUAUAAAUAACAAGUACGACGAGACGAAUUUCAUUUGCAUGAGAUAUCGACCCUCGAAAUUGAGCAUAAAGGGAGAGUGUUCAAAUAAUGACCACAUGGAACCUUCGAAUGAAGCGAAUUCAGAGAGUAAAGAAGGUGAUCAGGGGGACAAAUCAGAUGAUGUAAAGACAAAGGAAGAAGUCACACCUGUUAGAAAACCCCCCAAUUUGUCAUUUUCUGAAGAAAUAAAACAUUUGAACGAAUUUUACAAAAUAGUAAAUAAAGAAGCAUUUGAACCGCCGUACAUUAGUAAGAAGAAAAAAGAAUUAUUACCCAUUAAGGGAAUAACCAUUUGCAUGAAGAAUAUUUACAACAUCCUUCUUGAUCAUAUUUUCCAGAAAAUGGGAAAUCAAAAAGAGAUAAAGGAGAGAUGCAGGUUAUGGAAGGAUAAUGAAAACUUCUUGUGUGUAAACGAUUUUACCAUGGAGAAGUACUCCUUCCAAUUAAUUAAAAAGAAAGAAAGUACACAUAAGGAUGCUUUCACACAUGGAGACGAAAGGUUGAUAAGCGAAUGUAGAUUGGUAUACCAAAUCGUACAAAGUAAAGAGAGUAAUAUUUCCAUCGGAGUGAUGUUAAAAAAGAAGGAAUUAAACAAUUUAUCCACUCAACAGAAUUGUAAAAUUCCAGGCGCGUUACUCGAAUGUAGUCAUCCACUGGUAAUUUAUUUUGACUUUUUUGUAAAUGAUUUUUACGUGUGCAAUGUUGACAAUAGCAGCUCCACGUUACUGAAUAGGAGGAAGCUGAACAUACAUGCACAUGAAAAUAAAUUGCAAAAUGGGGACAUCAUUAUUUACAGCGUAGCCGUUAUAAAUCAGGCCCUCAAAAUUGACAUCACAAUAUUACCAAAGGAUAUCAGCUUUUCCUUCUCCUUUGCGCUGCUAAAACUGACCAUUUGGGGGGGGCAGGUGAUAAAGAAGCCCUUCAUCCACGUGACGCCCUUUUUCGCCCUCAAGGAUGCGUUAGACUCUAUUUCGGUGCCCAUCGUGAAGUUUUAA